UUUUUAACCACAAAUGUCCAUUAUUCGAUCUUCAACAAUUUUAGUCUCUUUCUUGGCUGCUUCUGCUUCUUCACAUUGCGUCUAAUAUAAAGCAUCAUAUUCGCUUUUGGCAUUUUACCAACUAGUCGGUACAUUCUUCUGCUAGAGAGAGAGAGAGAGAGAGAGAGAGAGAGAGAAAGAGAGAGAGAAGAUCGAUGAUGGCAAGAGUGGAGGAUGUGGUGAUAGUUGGGGCAGGAAUAGCAGGGCUGGCGACUGCCGUGGCGCUCAAGAGAGCUGGAGUUGAAGCGUUGGUAUUGGAGAAAUCAGACGGCCUCAGAGCCACCGGUGCAGCUUUAACCCUCUUCCCCAAUGCUUGGUGUGCCCUUGAUGCCUUGGGUGUUUCCCAGCACCUCACUUCUCUUUAUGCUCCAAUCAAAAAGGGGUAUGUAACUGACAUUGAUACCGGAGAAAUCCAAGAAGUUUCUUUCGCCGCAUCCAAUGGAAACGACCCAGUUAGACCAAGGUCAGUAAACCGAAAAGCUUUACUCAAGACUUUGGCAGAUGAGUUGCCACCAAAUUCAAUCCGUUUUGCUUCAAAGCUUACUGCUAUCGAGACCCAAGAACACGAAGGCUCGUCCAUUUCAGUUAUUCACAUGGGAGAUGGGACAAUAAUCAAAGCAAAGAUUCUGAUAGGCUGCGAUGGGAUUCACUCAGUGGUUGCCCGCUGGUUAGGACUUGCCGAACCAGUGUAUUCAGGUCGAUGGGCAGUUCGUGGCUUGGCUGUGUUUCCUGAAGGCCACCGAUUGGACUAUAACGUGCAGCAAUAUGUAGGACUUAACAGAAGGGCUGGUUUUGUUCCCCUCAACGACAAAGAGAUCUAUUGGUUCUUUGGCACAUCUCCGGCUAAAGGGACAGAUCUUGGGGAUGAGCCGGAAGUUAUAAGACAAGAAGUGAUUGAGAAUUAUGCCAAGGACCUUCCUCCUAUAUACCUAGACAUUGUGCAGCACUCUGAUCUUUCAACAUUAUCAUGGGCUCCGUUAAUGUUCAGGUACCCGUGGAAUGUAGUAUUCGGGAACCUAGGGAAGCAAAACAUCACGGUGGCUGGUGAUGCCAUGCACCCCAUGACACCUGAUUUAGGACAAGGAGGUUGCUUGGCAUUGGAAGAUGCCGUGGUCUUGGGUAGAUACAUAGGGACAUCAUUUGUACAAAAUGGACGACUCGUGCCAAAAGAGAUAGAUAGUGCGAUAGGGAAAUACGUGGAAGAAAGAAGGUGGCGUGUCGCGCUGUUGACUGCAGGAUCAUAUUUAUCCGGAUGGGUGCAGCAUUUAGGGCCUGGAUGGGUGAGGAAGUUCUUGAGGGAUGCCAUAUUUUACAGGUUUAUUUUCACUAAACUUGUUAAACUUUCACAUUAUGAUUGUGGAAAACUUGAUUUCUAGCUAGGGCAUUUCGUUGUCCAAAAGAAAGAAGACAAUCAAGAUUCCCUCCUCUACGGAAUUAAAUUAUUGAUGGCCUUUCAACAAGGAUCAACGAGAGACAGGAAUCUAGGGAGAACAGAGAAGAUUUAUGGAACCUAUUAGCUAUAACAUAAAUUAAUACUUUCACAUAUUGCUGCUUUGUUGUUGAUGUAGUGCAUUUUGAACAGUAGUUGAUAGCAAGGCAUAUUGAUGUAGUCUGAGAUGAAUAGCUAAAUAAGCAGUAUAUACUUUGUGGAGCCUCCAAACGCGUAAUGGAUAAUUUGUUGAUAGAAAA